AUGAAAAACGGGAUUGACUUCGUUGAGACCGAGGCAUAUGCAAGGAUAUACAACUUCAUCCUGAUGGUUGAUGACUCGAUCAAGAACUCGGAACAAAGACAGAGCAAGCAUCACAUGGAUGUCCUUGCAGACAUCACCAGAAUUGUAAGUGAGACCGAGAAGGAUCCGUCUCCACAGAGAUAUGCAAACAUGGCUGCAAAAACGGUGUUCAAGAAGAUAUACGACACAUACGACGACGAGUACCUGAGGAACUCGUUUGGAAACCAGAUCCGGCUGGACUACGGAACCGGACAUGAGCUGAACUUCCUGUGCUAUCUUUACGCCCAGUACUGCAGGGGAAGCAUAGGAAUCGACUGCGUAUUCACUAUCCUUGUAAAGUACUUUGAGAUCGUCAGGCUCUUCAUAACGAAGUUCAACCUGGAGCCAGCCGGGAGCCAUGGAAUGUGGGGGCUCGACGACUACCAGUUCCUCCCCUUUCUCUUCGGGUCCUCGGAGCUCUGCAACACAACACUUAGAUUCGACGAGCUUGACGGCUCCAAAUGCUACUUCGUCGCAGUGGAAAAGAAGCUCGGAGGCUCCUCACGCAUCCUCAAGAGCAUCAUGGAUAAGGACUGGGCAAGCAUCAAUAGAGGAAUGAUCAGGAUGUACGACGAUCACGUACUCAGAAGAAGCGUUGUGACCCAGCACUUCAUCUACGGCGAGUAUUUAAGAAAAGACAGGAGCCAGGCUAAUAAAGACCUUUGA